AUGGUGAGUUUCGCUCGAUUCGAGCAUAGCGUUCACGGUCAAUUGGAGAGCACGAUGACUUACAUUAUCAUUGUUAGCUGUCUCUGCAGUCUAUGGUUUGAUCACUCACAGCGAAAGCGAAAGCGCAAGAUUUUCGAGGUUGAUGAUGAACAACGUAACGCAUCAAGCGGUAUAGCUUCUCUUCCAGAAGAGAAAAAGAAGAAAAGACAAAAGCAGAGACAGUCAAGCCUGAACUUUGAUUGUUACCACAAUGUUUUGUUGGUAGAUUUGGCGCGAACACCGCUGGUGUGGGCGGCUGCCAACGGACAUGAGGCAGUGGUCCAACUGCUACUCGAGAAUGGGGCAGGCGUCAAUGCCAAGUCCGAGAAUAGCAGAAAUAGUCGCAUGGCGCUUCAGUGCGCCGCUGCAGGCGGACAUGAGGCAGCACCAAAUUCGAAGUGA